AUGCCGAGCCCGCGGGCGCUGCUGGGGCUGGGGCUGCUGGUGGCGGCGGGGGCGCGGGCGGGCGGGCGCUGCCCGAGCCGGGGCUGGGACCGGAGCUGGGACCGGGACCGGUGCCGCCCCCACCGCGCCAUGCACGGGCCCAGCGCGGGGCCCGGCCCGCGGGGGCUCCGCUUCCUCGGGCAGGAGGAGGCCCAGGCCAUCGACCAGGAGCUCUUCACCGAGUACAAAUUCAGCGUGGACCAGCUGAUGGAGCUGGCGGGGCUGAGCUGCGCCACCGCCAUCGCCAAGGCCUACCCACCCAGCUCCUUCACCACGAGCCAGCCCGCCGUGCUGGUCGUGUGCGGGCCGGGGAACAACGGCGGCGACGGCUUGGUCUGCGCCCGACACCUGAAAAUGUUUGGCUACGAGCCAACCGUGUAUUACCCCAAGCGCCCCAACAAGCCCCUGUUUGAAGGUUUGACCACCCAGUGCCAGAAGAUGGACAUCCCCUUCCUCCCCGAGUUCCCGGCUGAGGCUGCGCUCAUCGAUGAGCUCUACGGCCUGGUGGUGGACGCCAUUUUUGGGUUCAGCUUCAAGGGAGCAGUGCGGGAGCCCUUCGGCAGCAUCCUCAGCACCCUUGAACGCAUCACAGUGCCCAUCGCGAGCAUCGACAUCCCCUCGGGCUGGGACGUGGAGAAGGGGAAGGCGGACGGUCUCCAACCCGACAUGCUUAUCUCGCUCACGGCACCCAAGAAGGCGGCAAUGCAUUUCGCAGGCCGCUACCACUUCCUCGGGGGUAGGUUUGUGCCCGCCGCGCUCCAGGAGAAAUACGCUUUAAACCUGCCACCGUACCCCGAGACAGACUGCGUCCUGCAGCUGACCUAGGGCUGGGGCUCAGCAGGGGCUUGGGGUGCCGGGCUAAACUUCGGCACAGCAAAUCGGGGCCUAAUUCUGCCAAAGCAGCAGCUCUCUGCUAGGAGGAUGCUCAGCACCUCACUGAGCUCCAGUCCUACCCAGGUCUGCCAGCGGGAUCGAAGUUCACUGCAGAACAAAGCCCCCAAGAGCUUGGGACCGAGGGGGCAGCUGCCAGGCGGGCUCUGUUUGGGGUUGCUACCUAAUUUGAG